AUGACACAUGUUCGAAAAUACGGAGCUAAACGUUAUAGAAGAAGACAUAUUCGAAAAUACGGAGCUAAACGUUAUAGAAGAAGACAUGCUCGAAAGUAUCACCAUAAACAUAGUCAUGGCUACAAACAUGUACAUAAGCGUGUUCGCGUUCACAGACACACACACAGACAUAAACACGUCUUCAGUCGUCAUCAUAGACACAGACAUGGCUACAAAUAUGGACAUAGGCGUGUUCAUGUGCACAGACCUACACGUAGACACAAACUUAUUUUGGGACAUGGACAUGGACACAGAUACGGACAUAUACAUUUACACAAUCACCGAGGAAUACACAAACAUAUUCACAGACAUAACGUCGUACAAAAGGUACAUAGGCAUGUACACAGACAUCGAGUUCUACAUGGGCAUGUUCACAAGCAUCGUGUUUUGCAUCGGCAUGUUCACAGGCAUCGCGUUCUACAUCGACAUCUUCACAGGCACCGUGUUUUACAUAAGCAUGUUCAUAGACAUAGCGUUUUACAUGGACAUUUACACAGGCACCUCGUUCGACAUGUACACGUUCACCGGCAUAAAGUUUUACAUGGCCAUGUUCACAAGCAUCUCGUUCUACAUAAGCAUUACCACAGGCAUAAUGUUCUACAUAAACAUGUUCACAGGCAUAAUGUUCUACAUAAACAUGUGCACAAGCAUCGCGUUCUACAUAAACAUGUUCAUAAACAUAGAGUUUUACACUCACAUGUUCACAAGCACCUUGUUCUACAUAAACAUGUGCACAACCAUCGUGUUUUACACUCACAUGUUCACAAGCAUCGCGUUCUACAUAAACAUGUUCACAAGCAUCGCGUUCUACAUAAACAUGUACACAAUCAUCGUGUUUUACACUCACAUGUUCAUAAGCAUCGCGUUCUACAUAAACAUGUGCACAACCAUCGCGUUUUACACUCACAUGUUCACAAGCAUCGCGUUCUUCAUAAACAUGUGCACAACCAUCGUGUAUUACACUCACAUGUUCACAAACAUCACGUUCUACAUACACAUGAACAUAAACACAAUGUUUUACACAAACAUGUUCACAAACAUCACGUUCUACACAAACAUGUUCAUAAACAUCACGUUGAACACACACAUGUUCAUAAGCAUCAUGUUCUACAUAAGCAUGUUCACAAACAUCACGUUGAACACAUACAUGUUCACAAGCAUCAUGUUCUGCAUAAGCAUGUUCACAAACAUCACGUUGAACACACACAUGUUCACAAGCAUCAUGUUCUACAUAAGCAUGUUCACAAACACAACGUUGAACAUAGGCAUGUUCACAGACAUCAAGUUGUACACAGACAUGUUCACAGACAUCAAGUUGUACACAGACAUGUUCACAGACAUCAAGUUGUGCAUAGACAUGUUCACAAACACAACGUUGUACACAAGCAUGUACAUAAACACAACGUUGUACACAAGCAUGUUCACAGACAUCAAGUUGUACACCGUCAUGUUCACAGACAUCAAGUUGUACAUAUUCAUGUUCACAGACAUGUUGUUGCCCAUACGCAUAUCCACAGACACCAAGCUGCUGUACAUAACCAUGUCCACACACACAUUUUUGAGGGAAACUUCAAUGAUGAUGGAUCAGGAUUCGAUUUGAGAAUAAGACAUGGCAUUAUCUACUAUGGAGGAAACACAUACCGUCUGAGAGGUAGUCGACGCAGAUUUAUGAGACUUUGGCAGGAAUGUCUUGAACUAUACGGUGACGACAACGAAUGUUUUGUGCAGUUAGGAAACCAACAUUUAUAUUCGAGUAUCCAAGGUAAUCCUAGAUCUUCGUUGCCUUCUGAUCUAAAUAAUGUCAACGACAUUGCGCAGUCUACAGAUAGUGACUUCAACGACUUUGUAGAUAAUGGUAAUGAUGGCGCUGUUCCCUUUGCAGAUGCUUAUGUCGACAACAUAGCGAAGACUGCACAUGGCCAUGCUAAUUAUAAGGAAGUAGCUCAAAUUGCCGAUGAUCAUGUAAACGACGUUGCUAAGAUUGCCGAUGAUCAUGUCAACGAUUUUAAAAAGACCGCAGAUGACCAUGUCAACGAUAUUGCACAGACCGCAAAUGAUCAUGUCAACGAUAUUGCACAGACUGCACAUGACCAUGUCAACGAUAUCGAUGAUGUAGCAAACAGCCAUGUUGGACGAGUAAAAGGAGUUGCAAAAAAACACCUUUAUGGUUUAAACAAAGCAAUUGGUAAACACAUCCAAACUUUGAAAGAAGUUUCAAAUAAACACAUUUCAAAACUUCAUAACCACGCUAAAUUACACCUCUUGGCGUCUGCACUUCAACGCAAAAAACAAAUCAGAGAACGCGAAUACCAAUACAAACGGCACUUGAGUGAAAAGGAAGAUGUAAACAUACAGCAUGAAAAUGCAAUCAACAGCAAAGUAUCAUACGAUGGUCCAGUUUAUAAUGACAAGGACAAAGGAAACUAUAAUGAAAAAGUUGCAGUGGUGUCAAACAAUAAUAACAGUUAUAAUAAAAAAGCGCCAGUAUCAUCUAACGAAGGAUAUUAUAAUGAAGGAGAUGCAUACUGAUACAAAGUAGUAAUCUGAAAUAUUUAAAAGGCGAGGAUGAGGUGAU